AUGUCAAGCUAUCCUUCGCUAUUUCGAGUACCUUCGCCAUUCCGGGUACAAACUAAAACCGAGGAAAAUUCCCUACCUGUUAGGUCUGAUGUAGAAAUCAUGGUAUUUUGUAUCGUUCUAGGUGAUAACACUGAAACUGCUUUUCCGAUUACAAUUCCUAUUGACAAGAAAGUUGGGGAACUCAGGGAAUCAAUCACUAAAAUAAAUCCAAUAAGUUUCACCAAUAUUGACGCAAAAGACUUAAUCCUAUGGCAAGUCAGUAUUUCUGACGAAGAUGUCGAAAGAAUGAAAAUUCUUAAUACCAAGCCUCCCUCUGAUAUUAAAAUUGAAGAACUUGGAG